AUGUCCUCCAUAAAAUACCGGCAUCUAAGCCGUGACUCCGCCCACCGCCGCGCCCUACUACGAAACCUAGUCACAUCGCUCAUCGCAAAUGAAUCCAUAUCCACGACCUACGCCAAAGCCAAAGAAGCGCAACGUUUGGCCGAAAAACUGAUCACGCUGGGCAAGAAGAACACAAAUGCGGCCAGACAGCGGGCGAAGUCUAUAUUCUUUGAACCGGACAGACACAUGGAGAAACUCUUCGACACCCUGCGCACGCGCUACGAGCACCGUCCCGGCGGUUACACUCGCCUUCUCCGCCAGGAGCCCAUACGCGACGACCAUGCGCCGUCCGCCAUCCUUUCACUCGUUGACGGCCCGCGGGACAUGCGCUUCAGUAUGACUGCGAAGGCGCUUGUGCGGCAGCGCAAGGAGAAUUUGCCCAUGCACGAGCUCACGGCGGUGAAUAUACGCAAGGUCACAAGAUUCAGAGACGGUGGUGAGGAGGCAUUAGAGGAGGAGGUCAAAAGCUUGGAGGGCGCUAUGGAAGCGCAGGACCUCGAGGAGAAGGAGUCAUUUGAGCAGGACGGGACGACGUAUGAGUGGGUGCGGGGCGAGAAGGAUCGGCGGACAGGCGUGAAGGGGAAGGAGAAGAAGGGCCCGGGACGGUUGAGGAGGCAGCGGGUUGGGGAGGAUCAGGAGUUUUGA